AUGUUCCGCAACCAAUACGACAACGAUAUCUCGACCUGGUCGCCACAGGGUCGUCUCCACCAGAUUGAAUACGCCCUCGAGGCCGUCAAGCAGGGUUCUGCCUCGGUCGGCCUCCGGUCCAACACCCACGUCGUCCUCUUGGCCCUGAAGCGUUCCUCGGGAGAAUUGGCUUCGCAUCAGCAAAAGUUGUUCAGGAUCGACAACCAUAUGGGUAUUGCUAUUGCCGGUCUUGUCUCAGACGCGCGUGUUCUGAGCAAUUUCAUGAGAACCGAGUGCAUGAAGUCCAAGAUGAUGUACGACCGCCCCAUGCCCGGAAGCAGACUUGUCUCUUUGAUUGGCGACAAGGCACAGAUUAACACUCAAAACUAUGGACGUCGCCCUUACGGUGUCGGAUUGUUGGUCGGAAACUACGAUGAGGACACUGGACCCCACCUGUACGAGUGCUUGCCCAACGCCAACUGUCUGGAAUACUUUGCCGUCAGCAUUGGCGCCAAGAGCCAGAGUGCAAAGACAUACCUCGAGAAGUUUGCAAAGGACUUUGGCGAGAUUGAUGUCGAUGCUUUGAUUAUGCACGGUCUUCAUGCCUUGCGCGAGACUCUUCAGCAGGACAAGGAGCUCAACAUCAACAACUGCUCGAUCGGUGUUGUUGGAAAGGGACAGGACUGGCACGUGGUUGAGGGCGACCGCUUGAAGGCCUACUUGGAUCAAUUAGAGUCUGGCGUUGCCCCUGCUGCAAGCGCAGAGGACUUGCCCCAGGGAGAGGCCAUGGACACCGAGUAA